AUGAUAGCCCUUGUGCCGCAUCUUCGUGGUGUAGCAGAUACAACCCAUAGCAGCAAUGAGGAGGAGAAAAGCACAGAGGUUCCACUCAGAGAGAGGCGGUGCGGGAUGACCUCUCCCAGUACAAACGCGACAUUAUUGUGCCACUGUGGGGGACCUGCUGCACCUUUCUUACUAACGAAUCAGAACAAACGUACCAACAAGAGGCUCAUAAAGCAAUUCAGGAGCAAGAACUUGAGCUCCGAGAAGAAAUUAUUCUAUGUGAUCAAGUUUUAUGAUCCUUUGAUUAAACUAUCUGAUUUAGCAGAUUUAGCACGUGUGUGCGCUUCGCCUAUUAGGAAUACGAUAGUAUGUGCAGAGCUAUAUAAGAGUCUGCCCUUCCUCCUCAGAGACAACGCUACUCUCUGGGACAAAUUCCACCUGAGCAUAUCGCGCGACGAGCUGUACGCUGCCGACGACCCCGCCAUCAACAAGCUCCUGGAACAAGUUAAGACGCUACAGAUCAAUCACAUAACCCAGAAAGAGGGCGGGACUCAGCUCAAGCUCCUCAUUGAAUUUUCCAACGGAGGCCACGCGCUGUUCAAGCCUAUGAGAUUCCCUCGCGAGCAGCAGACGAUGAAAAACCACUUUUAUUUCACCGACUACGAGCGCCACAACGCAGAGAUUGCAGCUUUCCACUUAGACAGGCUGCUAGGUUUUCGCCGAGCUGCUCCCGUCGCCGGAAGAACAGUGAACAUGACCCGAGAACUGUACGCUCUCGCCCAAGGAGACCUUCUCAAGACGUUCUUCAUUUCGCCGGACGGGAACCUCUGCUUCCACGGAAAGUGCAGCUACUAUUGCGACACAGGCCACGCCAUCUGCGGGAACCCUGACCUGCUGGAGGGUUCUUUUGCCGUGUUCCUGCCGGCCAAGGAGCUGGCGCCGAGGAAGGUCUGGCGCCAUCCCUGGAGGAGGAGUUACCACAAACGGCGGAAGGCUCAGUGGGAAUUAGAUGACGACUACUGCCAGCUCGUGAAGGAAGUCCACCCGUACAACGAGGGGCGGAGACUUCUUGACAUCAUGGACAUGUCGAUCCUGGACUUCCUCAUCGGCAACAUGGAUCGACAUCAUUAUGAGACGUUUAAGGUGUUCGGCAACCGAACGGCUCCCAUUCACCUGGACAAUGGCCGCGGCUUCGGCAAACCUUUCCACGAUGAAGUGUCGAUUCUGGCGCCGCUGUAUCAGUGUUGCCAAAUACGACACUCGACACUCUCUACUUUACUGAGAUUCCACUCGGGCCCGAUGCGUCUGAGUGAGGCCAUGAGGGUGUCGAUGUCUGUGGACGCUGCAGCCCCCGUGUUGUGGGAACCCCAUCUGGUCGCCCUUGAUAGAAGGCUCAGUAUCAUCCUGCAGACGGUGCGGGAGUGCGUGGAGAAGACAAUGGAUCCUAUGGCUGUUAUCGUGAAUGAUCAUCAUUAAGCAGGAGGAAGGUGGGGGAGGAGAAGAUAGAGGAGGAAGGAGGAGGAGGGAAAG